GUGAUAAAAAUUUCUUGAUAACGUUCGUGAAAUCAGUGAAAUGUGAAAUCUCAAUUAAAUUAUUUCAUUUAAACGUUUUAAUUUAAAGUCGAACCGUUAAAAUGCCACAAGGAAAGUACAAAGUGAAGAAUAAAGCUCCGGUAGAUUCGAAGAAACCGAAGAAAGUUGCCAACGCCAGAAAGAAUUGUCCGAUAGCUCCUAAAAAAUGGAAAUACAACGAACAAGGCAGGAUAAACAAGACCAUUACGAAGAACGUUAAUAGAAAGAUCGAAGAGGAAAUUCGAGCUGCGGUUACUGAUGCUCCUAAAGUGUUUUUUGCCAAGAAGAAAAAACAGAUUCAGCAACGUGUACCGGAGAAGAAAGAUAAACCGCAAGUUCCUGUUCCUCCUCAAUCGUGAUUUGUUUUUAUUGACUGUUGAAGUAUUUUAAUAUAAGCUUUUUUUUCUUCCA